UACUUUCACUUUCACUCUCUAUAGCCUCGGACCUCUCAGGCGCUUCUGCUCGCCUCCCCAGAAAGAAACUCUUUUACUCCGUCCUGAGCUUGUAAAAGCGACUCGCCGGGUUCGAUUUAAGUGAAAGUCGUUGCAGUUCAGUGAGGAAACUCUACCCCGAGCACGAUGACGUCUUUAGACAUGAGCCCUGCGUCGAAAAAAGAGGUGGAUGGAUUUACAAAGAAGCUCACCAGAGAGGCAGAGCAGCUCGUCUCAACUUUCUUCCCACAGAAGAUCGCAGAAAUGGACAACCUGCUCCAGGCGUCACUAGCUUUGGAAGACCUUUCUGUCCUCAGAGCUCCACUGGACAUCCCGAUACCAGACCCUGCCAAAGAGGAGCUUAAGAGAAAGAAGAAAGAAGAGAAAAGCGCCAAGGAGGGAAAGAAAUCCGACGACAAAGAGGACGAGGAAGCAGGUCCUCCGUGUGGUCCCAUAGCCAGUAACGAGAAAGUGGACAGCCUCAUUAAAGAGAUUAAACCCCACAUUCAGACAUUGAAGGAAAAACUGAAUACGGUGUCCAUGUGGGUCCAGCUCCAGAUCCCCAGGAUUGAGGACGGGAACAACUUUGGCGUCGCUGUGCAGGAAAAGGUCUUUGAGCUGAUGACCAACACCCGCACAAAGAUCGAAGGAUUCCAGACGCAGAUCACGAAGUAUUACAGCGAGAGGGGAGACGCUGUAGCCAAGGCUUCCAAACAGCCACAUGUGGGCGAUUAUAGACAGCUGGUUCACGAGCUGGAUCUGCACCAGUACUGCGAGCUGCGCAUCGUGGUCCUGGAGAUCCGCAACACAUAUGCCGUGCUGUUUGACGUCAUCACCAAGAACUACGACAAGAUCAAGAAGCCCAGAGGAGACUGUAAAGCCCUUAUCUACUGAGACGUUCACACACUUAGAGUGAAAGAGCAACAUUGCAUGUUAGAGUUAAUUUAGUGAAAUUUCCUCAGGUUUAAACACAAAACGUUUCAUCAUAUUUACAUAAUAAAUCAGUGACAUUGUGUA